CGUAACAAUUUCCUAGAUGUUGUGAUACAUGUCGUACAGAAAAAUUUAUCAUCGUUUUCGAGCUUGGACCGCUUCCAAGACUGCUAUUCUUUUCUUCCCAUAUUGUCAUGUCAUCUAGUUAAUUCAACCAUGUUACCCUUUUUCGUAAGGCUGACUAUAUGCAAGUUGGCAGCUUGCAUCAAGUUAAUUCAACUCCUAGUUCUUGGCCGCCAUAGGCCGUUGACAUUUGAACUUCACCUUGGUAGUUUGGACAUAAAAGGGGAUCGUCUCCAAUUCACAAAGAACCAAACUGAACCAUCAUGGCGAGAGUUCUUCGCAUCCUACUGAUCCUCAUCGCUAUUUCCUUUCCAUACCUCAACUCAGCUGAUCGCCAUAGCCAUGAAGAAUCAAUCCUCGAGUGCCUCUAUUCCCAAAACUACAACACCACCAUUUCCCAAGUCACCUUCACCCCAACCAACUCCUCUUAUGACUCCAUCCUUCAAUUCUCAAUCAAAAACAGCAGGUUCAACACCAGCGCCAGCCCAAAGCCAGUACUCAUCAUCACCCCAGAUUCCAUUCCCCAAAUCCAAACCACAAUCAUCUGUUCCAAGAAGCAAAAAUUUCAAAUCAGGAUCCGAAGCGGCGGCCACGACUAUGAGGGCCUUUCCUACACCUCCCCAGACCAGAAUUCCUCCUUCCUCAUCCUCGAUCUCAUCAGGUUUCGCAACAUAAGCAUCGAUUUAGCUCAGCAGACCGCUUGGAUCCAGCCGGCGGUGACUACAGGGGAACUUUACUACAGGAUCGCAGAGAAGAGUUCCACUCUGGCGUUCCCAUCAGGAAUUUGUCCCACGGUCGGGCUCGGCGGGCAGAUCAGCGGCGGUGGUUGGGGAACUCUGUUGCGGAAGUAUGGGCUCGCCGCAGAUAACGUGCUCGACACCAGAGUAAUUGAUGCCGAGGGCAGGAUCCUGGACAGAGCAUCCAUGGGAGAAGAUCUGUUCUGGGCGAUUCGAGGCGGAGGUGGCAACACGUUUGGAAUUGUCAUCGCCUGGAAAAUCAAACUAGUCCCCGUCCCAGCGAGUGUUACGGCGUGCACUGUUACGAGGACUCUGGAACAGAACGCGACGGAGAUCGUCCAUCGAUGGCAGUACGUAGUUGAUAAGCUCUCCAACGAUGUGUUUUUCAUGGUGGUUCUGAACAGAGUGGUCAAUCCAAUUCAAGCGAACGCCACAACUAUUCAAGCCUCCUUCAAUUCACUCUACCUCGGAAGCAUCGAGGGUUUGAUUCCGAUGAUGGAGGCAAAAUUCCCAGAUCUGGGUUUGAGAAGGGAGAACUGCGUGGAGAUGAGUUGGGCGAAAUCGAUUCUCUACUUUGCCGGAUUUCCACUCAAUUCCCCGCUGGAAAGCUUGCUGGACAGGACGAUUUCAGCAACUGGGUCGGCGAAAUUCAAAGGGAAAUCCGACUAUGUGAAAGAACCCAUACCGAUAAGCGGCUUAGAAGGGAUUUGGGAAAAGCUGAAGGAGGUAGGAGUUCAGACCGGUGGUUUGAUCUUGGCGUCUUACGGUGGAAAAAUGAGCGAGAUUGCGGAAUCGAGCAUUCCGUUCCCGCACAGGGCCGGGAAUAUAUACCAAGUCGAAGAAGUGGCAUUCUGGGUCGAAGACGGGGUUGAAGCGGCGGAUGGGUACUUGAAUUGGUUGAGAGGGUUGUACGAGUACAUGACGCCUUAUGUAUCGAAGAAUCCUCGAGAAGCGUAUGCUAAUUACAGGGAUCUGGAUUUUGGAAGGAACGGCGACGGCGGUGGCGGUGGCGGCGGAAAGGGUGACUACAGGCGAGCGAGGAGUUGGGGUUCCAGGUACUACAAGAACAACUUCGAUAGAUUGGUGAGAGUGAAGACGGCGGUGGAUCCGGCCAAUUUCUUUAGGAAUGAACAGAGCAUCCCGCCUCUGUCGUCUUGGAGAUAGGCAUCAAGAAAUGAAAAAUUAUAAUCUGA